AUGAGCUUCAGCGUCAAGAUGCAACGUCCUGUGACAUCAUCCGCCACCCUUCUCCGAUGGAUGAAGCCCUCCACCGGUCAACGCUGCGCUCAGUCAAUGCGCUGCUUCUCGUCAGCGGGCAACUCAUACAUGUCGUCCAAACGGGACAUGCAGACCGCAACGGCGUACCGUCCGCACACACUCCCCUCUUCCUUUCCGACCUCGUUCCCGAAGCCGAACGGCGGCGGAGGUCCCGGGGCCUCAAUUACCGCCGACUUCCCUUUGCCGACUGGACCCGCGAAGAAUUCAUCAGCAUCAGAUUCCGCGGCCAUUCCUACACCAGAGCGCGACGCACAUGCCACCAAGCCAACAGCAACUACCUCCACAACCACAAACAGCGCCGCCAAAACUUCUAAGCCCCGUCGGCCACUGCGGGCGCGAAAGGCGGCGAUGAAAUUGACUCCUCUCGCGACGGUGCAGCUUCGCAAGUUGAUGGAUCAGCCUGACCCCAAGUUCAUUCGCGUCGGAGUCAAAAACCGUGGUUGCUCGGGUUUGGCAUACCAUCUCGAAUACGUGGAAAAGCCCGGCAAGUUUGACGAGAUUGUUGAGCAAGACGGUGUCAAAGUCUUGAUCGACAGCAAGGCCCUUUUCAGCAUCAUUGGAAGUGAGAUGGACUGGCAUGAGGACCCGUUGAGCCAGCGCUUUGUCUUCCGCAACCCCAACAUCAGUAAGUCACCCUGCUCCCCGGUUCCCACCCCCCCCCCCCUCUGGGUGGUGCCUCCCGCAUCGAUUUACUAA